UCUUCGACGUUCGGUUCGUUAGGUUUAGAACAGCUGAAAGCGAGCUCGAGACACGUAGUGGACAUUUCGCGCGCGGUGGUCCUUCGCGGUCUUACCUGGAAAAAUUGAAGAUAUACAUGCAUUCAUACAUACAUACGGAGGGUUAGUAAUUUAUUGCAAAUUUGGUGUCCUGCGAGGACAAGGGUGUGUGUUUGGAACCUGUACAAAGGAUUGUCCGUGUUCGUAAAUCACAUUGCGCCAGUAGCAAGGAAGGCGAAGCACAGCAACAGGAGCAAUCGCGAGCCUUUGGGGCUCCUGUAGUCUGUACAUGUGGGGUGGUGGAAAAAUCCUCGCAGGCCCGGUCGAUACAGCAAAGUAGCGUGCUCCCCCUCGCUCGAGCAGAGGGCGGUUUACUUUUUUGUCGGGUGUAUCGUUGUUAUUAUUUUUUAAUUUGCAUAAAUUAAAGAACCGAGAAAAUGAUAAAAGUGUAACGGUUUAUGGGCACUGCUCACGACAGGACAACGAAAGGAGGAAAAUAUUUGCGCUCCACAGCCCUCCUGCUCGUCCCGUUUGGAGUAGAUUCGGAAGGCAUGAAUCGAUAACGUGCUUGAAAGUGAUUCGUGAACGACUUUGCGAGAAAUAUUGCUCAACCAUCUGGUGGUGAAGUUUAUGGGAAAUUGCGUGAAUUAAUUUAUCGUCAACGCGAGGAAGGAGUGUACAAUUUUGAGUGACACGUCCAUCGGAUUCAAUUAUAUGCAAAAGCCGUCACGAGGGCUCGUGAAAUCUGAUAGUAUCGGUGAAAACAUAAUCAGCCGUUCCGUUGGCUGGCAGAAGGUGGGAAAAGAAGAAGUCAGUCCAACCAUCAGCUCCAGACAGCAAGGCUCGAGUCUAAUUUAUGUCAAUAUACAUUACACACCCAUAUAGUAUAAAUUCCUCUGAGAGUCACUUUGGCAGCGGACGACCUCAAGUGUGUUAAUGUGCUUGAAAAUUGUUGUUGCUGCUCCCGGUCAGGACGAGUGGCCUCGUGUAAUAUCAAUUAUAGUGCCAUCGUAUUAAUUAUAUCGGCGUUGACCACAAAGUGCACCCAGAAGUCCUACUACGCGCGUUUGUGAGCGUUCUGUUUGACCAGAAGUUACGCGCACAUGAAUAAAUCAUUCGACGCUAGUGCACACAAGAAAUUUCGCCUUUCGGAACCUCCUGGAGUGUCGUGUGCUCGUUCGGGCGUGCCGCGGUGAUGACCCUCUACCGUUGUUGGUUGGUGCGAUAAAUUGAUUCCAAGUGCAAAGCUUCCGUUUUGGCAUAAUCAGGCCCUAACCCAAUCGCAUUUGUGCAUGUGGUGUGUGCUUAAUCAUUAUUAGAUUACGAGAAGCUGCGGUUGACCACAAAAUCAGUGACCACGAAACGCGAUUGCGACAGGAAAGGGAAUUCCCAUCAACUCCGUUCGUUGAUGAAAGCUUCUCUUCGGGUGUUUCAGUGAUAAUAAUCGGAGCCUACUGGGAUUACUCAAGUGCUAUCUAUCCGCUCAAUCGAAGUGGCUCGAGCCCGGUGAAAUCAAUCAAGUUGACCACGACACUGUGGAAAAUAAAAUUGUUCGAUGAGCUGUGAAGGAAUGCUUCAGUGAUAAGAUUAUCUACUUGUAAGAUAUCAUUCUGGAAAUUGGAGAAGAGCGCUACCGAGUGUGUUUUGAAGUGAUUGAGUGUUGUGAAGAUUUCUGAUACUGAUAGGCCGUGGUUCGACUACGUGAUAAGAGGCAGGUUGAUGUGUUAUUGAUUGACUUUUCGGAACCCGACCCACCAAUAGCGAAGAAGAGCCAACCCGAACCGAACAAAUCACAUCACUACUAGGCAAGGUAGGAGGACACCUAAAAAAGGCUGAUGAAUGAUCUUUCACAAAUUGGUUGCUAUAAGUGCAGUGCAAAGAUACGCGAAAAUGUCUACGACCAGAACACAAGGAAACCACAUCAGUAGCUAUACCAGCAACAGUCGGUCUGAGCAAUUUUAAUACAUAUCGAAAGUAUUCAGAAGAAAACGAAAAUAUCAUUUAGAAUAACACCGACGCAAACGACCAACAUUUUUCAAAGCUUCAUACCCAGACACCGUUGUUAUUGUUCUUGUUGCUGGAUGAGAAAAUGGCUGUAAUCCGCUCACCGGAAGUGCUGACCAAUGCCGUCUCCUGGUGGAACAAGUUUGUGCUGGUGCUGAUCUUCCUGGAGGUGUUUGCCCACGUUGAAACGCUCGAUCUAGAAAAAUGCAAAAAUCCAUUAGGAAUGGAGUCUGGGGCAAUCAACGAUUCUCAGAUAACGGCCAGCUCAGCGCACGACAUCGGCAACGUUGGCCCGCAACAUGCCAGAUUGAAAGUCGACAACAAUGGUGGCGCCUGGUGUCCGAAGCACAUGGUUUCGCGGAACCUCAACGAGUACCUGCAGCUCGAUCUGAAGAAGAUGCACAUAGUCACAGCCAUCAAGACGCAGGGUCGAUUCGGAAAAGGGCAAGGCCGAGAGUACACCGAGGCAUACGUGCUGGAAUAUUGGCGGCCGGGUUUCUCGAAGUGGAAGCGGUGGAAAAACACCCGGGACAAUGAGAUUUUGAACGGGAACACCAACACCUACAGCGAAGUGGAGAACCUUCUGCAGCCAAUUAUCUUUGCGAUGAAAAUCCGCAUCUUCCCGUACAGUCAGUACGAUCGGACGGUUUGCCUCCGGGCGGAAAUCAUCGGAUGCGAGUGGGAUGAGGGAUUAAUAUCCUACAGCAUCCCCAAGGGUGUGAUCCGUGGAAUGGAGGUUGACCUUUCGGAUCGCACUUACGACGGCGAGGAAGAGGGAGACCGCCUUGUCGGGGGCCUCGGCCAGCUGGUGGACGGCCAGAAGGGAGCCGAUAACUUUCGCAUCGAUAUCCAUGGGUUCGGCAAGGGCUACGACUGGGUCGGUUGGCGUAAUGAUUCACUUGGCUGGGCUGGAAAACCGGUCGAGAUGGUGUUCGAGUUCGACACGGUGAGGAACUUUAGUGCCAUGGUUCUGCACACCAACAACAUGUUCAGCAAGGACGUACAGGUAUUUCUCCAUGCGAAGGUCUUCUUCAGCAUCGGUGGCCAGCACUUCAGCAGUGAGCCGGUGCACUUCUCCUACAUGCCGGAUACGAUUAUGGAUAGUGCUCGUGAUGUCACGAUCAAAUUACAUCAUCGCAUCGGACGCUACAUCCAGGUUCACCUUUACUUUGCCAUGCGGUGGAUUAUGCUGAGUGAAAUAUCGUUUAUUUCCAGUCCCGUGAUUGGCAACUUCACCGACGAAGAAACGAACGGAAAUUCAAUCUCGCAGGAAAAUUCUAUCGAAUAUCCGCUGCAGCGAGAUGAAGUGCAAACGACCAACAAAGGCGAGCGAAACCAUGUUACGCAAAUAAUCUCGCCCAAGCCUAUCGACCAGGAGCCGGAGCCGCACUUUGUCGGCGUCAUCAUCGCGGUGCUGACCACCAUUAUCCUGCUGCUGAUUGUCAUCAUCCUGUUCAUCGUGGCCAAGAACAAACGCACCCGAACGGCGGCCGUCCUCGACGCACUGCAGCACAAUUUGCAUACCGACAGUCUGGGGAUUGAUAAGCGGCUGAAUAGCAAUUUCAAGGUUUCGAUAGACGAUAAUGAGUCGAUUGAUAAGAGCAGUUUGUACCACGAGCCGUUCAACGUCAACAUGUAUACCAGUGCCGCCAGCGGAUGCUCGAUGAAUGACAUGCAGCGACAUCACAUCACGCCGGAUUAUACAGAUGUUCCCGAUAUCGUGUGCCAGGAAUAUGCCGUACCGCACAUGCAGGACCUGAUACCGAAGAUUCCCGGCGGGUACGUGAGCGUUCGGCUGACACCACCGACGCUGAACAAUAUCUUCCCGAAGCCUCCACCAGUGCCCCCACCGCCCGAGAAGUACUACGCCGCUACUGCCAUCUGUAAAUCAUCCACCGCUCCCACGACGCCCUCGAACCAGCAGAACAAUCACCAGCAACAACAGCAGCAGCAACUGAACGCUUACAGCGAUCUGGAUCACGGUGUCUCGGACGAUGAUUUACAGCUCAGCGAGUAUCCCCGGGAUAAGCUGGUGAUAGUGGAAAAGCUUGGCUGCGGCGUAUUCGGCGAGCUGCAUCUCUGCGAAACCAAAGGAUACAGCUCAAGCCUGGUCGCAGUGUCAACGCUUCGUCCUGGUGCAUCGGAGCACGUGAAGAAGGAGUUCCGAGCGAAAGCCAAACAGCUCAGCCGAUUGAACGACCAGAACGUGGUGAAACUGAUCGGUGCCUGCCUGAAAGACGAGCCAAUUUGUAUCGUUUUAGACUACAAAUUUGGCACGGACCUGAACCAAUUCCUGCAGGAGCAUACGGCCGAAACCGGCACGCUGGUGCAGCAUAAUUCGUUAAGCUACGGAUGUUUAAUUUACAUCGCAACACAAAUAGCCUCCGGUAUGAAGUAUCUAGAGCAAAUGAAUGUAGUGCAUCGUGAUUUAGCAGCGAGGAGUUGUUUAGUAGGACCACAGCUGGAGAUAAAAAUCUGUACACUAGGAACUGUGAUAAACCGCAUUGCAUAUCCUGCAGACUACUGUCACCUUGAGGGCGCAGGAAGACAAUCACAACCGAUGCCAAUCCGGUGGAUGGCAUGGGAAAGCGUACUAAUGGGUAAAUUUACAUCAAAGUCCGACGUGUGGUCGUUUGCCGUGACGCUGUGGGAAAUCCUCACGUUCGCCCGGGAGCAACCCUUCGAGAAUCUGAGCGACGAAAAGGUGAUCGAGAACCUCGGACACAUGUACCAGGACAACAAGAAACACAUCCAACUUCCGAUCCCGGUUGGUUGCCCGCGGGAGAUCUACGACCUGAUGUGUGAGUGCUGGCAGCGCAACGAAAAUAGCCGACCCAACUUCCGCGAAAUCCACCUGUUUCUGCAGCGGAAAAAUCUCGGGUACAGACCAACAGCUUCCUUUUAACCAACACACAAGUUCUAGCGCUUCCAAAGCCACAUCAGCACUAUCAUCAUGAUCAUCAUGAUUGUUCACCAUUUUGAGUGUUAUAUUAUUAUUUUCGAGGACAUCUUUAAAUGUGGCAUCGUCUUUCGUUUUGUCUUGCGAGCAUCGUAUGAUUUCAUAUGCUUAAAGUUGGAUUUUGUUUUUUUAUUUCCUAUCAGUUCAUUCAUGAGUGUUUAUUAAAGUUGGUAUUUUUUUUUAUUCUAUGUACAUUAUGUAAUUGGUGUGAUCAUGAAAAAAAACGAAAUUAAAUUAUAUUUUCGGUAUAGUAUUCCUAAUUUAGAUCGAAACUUUAAGUUACUCAUGGUUCUGAAUGUUAGGCUGUAGAAAAAAAGCAUAUGAAACUAACAUUGCCUCAUCACUUCUUUCCAACUUUUAUAGUGAAUACUUUCAUCACAUUUAAGAAGAUGAAGAAGAAGAAGAAAUGAAGACGAAGAUGGUGAACAAGCACACUGAGCAAAGCAAGUGAGAAAUGAACGAAUUUAUGAAACCUAAUAAAUUGUUAAAGAGCUGCAAAGACAAAUAUCCGAGGAAAAGAGGCACACACUCAUUCAAACACUCAUGACACGAGGCGGGAACUCAUGUGUGCUAGCCAACCCCUCUUCCUCGAAGCGGAACAAUCAAGACGAGACGAGACUAAAAGUAUGGAACAUGACUCUAUCGAAUUAUAGUUAAGAAAGAUAACAGAAAUACAACGUUAUUGUGAUCCAGUUGUAAGGGUAAAAUGAGCAUAAUUUAACAGAGACAAGUGUUUUACACAAAAAAAAAACGAACUAAUUAUUGGAUUGAAUCAACCAUAGACAAAAGAAUAUCCCAUGAAUGGGAUCAAACUACAAAAAAGAACAACUCACCGAAAAGUAUCAUCCGGUUUUAUGAGUCAUUAAUUAAUUAAAAUCGGCAACUAGUGAUAAUCGUUUAAUUAUUCAACGCAAAAAAACAAGAGUUCGUUUUAUGUGUAUAUGCGUGGUUGUGUGUGUGUGUAUGUGUGCAACAGAUGACCAUUGCCAUGAUCCAAGAGGGCACUGGAGGUUGGCCAGCUGACGCAGUUGCAACCAAGGUAACCCGAUAAAAUUCGACCCAGCUGGAGGUAAAUGGUGAAUGUUCGGUCUACAAUGCCAUUCUUUUUUUUUUUUGUAACCACGGCAACAACAUCGUACCAAGAUUUUUUUUUUAAUUGUGAAACAUUGCAACGAGCGCGUGUGUAUAGUAUUGAAUUUAAUGAAUGAUUGCCAUUUGUUAUGAAUUAUUGAUAGCAUUGUACUGCAAGCGAUAAAUGCAUUAAAAAGUAUUAUAUUAAAUUCGAUAUCGAUAAAAGUUAACUAUUAUUGAAGAGACGAAAAACCGCCAUCAAUCAUCAGGAGGAGCACACGUGUGAGUCCCUGUGCCAGCGCAGGAGAGGGCGUUCGGUGAACCUUCUGGGGAACAUAACCACGCAUCGCCGCGGCAGUUUGUCGGAGAACGAGAACCAAAAAGUAUUCAAUAUUCAUGUUUAUACAUUUUUAAUUAUUAACAUGAACGCACUUUCCGGAUUAUGGAUCGUAAGUAGGAAAAAAUCAGAUCCAAUUUUUUCAUUUGUCUUAAAUUCAUAAAUUAAAGGUCGAGUUUAAUUUAAAUUAUCGCAUAUUUUCUGCAUAAAUUUGAUUUAUUUUUUCGAAUCCAAUUUAUUAUUUUCCCACCUAUUGAUGAACAGCCACACGGUGUCACCCACUUUUCACACAUACAUGCAUACACAGCCACGUUGACAUACACGCACACCGCAGGACAAAAACGAAACAUAAAUAUGAAAACAUUUUUCGGAAUCGAACAUAACCUCAACGGCCAUCUUUAAUGUCGAUGAAUUUCAUUUAUUCGUCUCGUCACUCGCCGAAGGGUUACCUACCGUUCGAUUCCGAAAGCAACACAACAUCAACAAUCAGAGGAAAGAAUGAAAGAAGUGCACACGGUUGCAAAACACGUUGAAUAAUUAACUGAUUGACGGAGAUCUUUCGCAAGAACACAAUCGAACGAAAUUGCAAUUAAAAUGCUUGUACUGUAAACUUUAUUGCUAAAGACAGAACAAACGGAAAACUUGUACAUUGAUUCUCUAGGUAGCAAUUGAUUUCGGAAACAGACAAAUAUUUAUUUUGAUUUUGUUUCCUUUUCUAGAAUACGUGUAUCAAGAAUCGAACGAACGGGAUCGGAAAACAUUUCCAUUGACUACUGAAUGUCAAUGAACAUGGUUUUCAACGAAAGAAUGAAAAACAAAGUCGAACCCCCUUCGUAUUGGUGUAGGUUUCAAAUGCGAGUCAGUUUUAAGGCACACACAAAUUAAAGCAAAAAAUUUUAACCGCAAAAAUAAGAAUGGACUAAAAAAAUGGUAUUAUGUAUCAUACGCCGUAUUUAUACUCUAACUGAUAAGUAGAUUGUAUUAUAGAUUUUUGUUUCUGUACAGAAGAGAGUAAUAACAGAAUAGUAUUGCUAAGUAGUAGAUGAACAAGUACUGAGAAGAAAAAUAUCAUUUUUACAGUAAACUACUGCUAAGAAAUAAUCUUUUUUUAUUAUUGAAAAGUAAACGAUAGACGAAACGGAUCAAUAAAAAUAUAAAAUGUGAAUGCAUUUAUCAUCCAAAAGGAUGACUAUUGAAAAACGAAAAUUGCGUUUUCUUUUCUUCUUGCCUCGCACUCCCUGAUCACACUCCUCUACACAAAUUUUGUUCAGUUCUUAUGAGUUGAAUAAGUUUUCCAAUCUUGUUUGA